CUUUGGGGCUUUCAUCUUGCUUCUUCCCCUACCUUGAAGCCAAAUCUCAUCAGGACGCAAACGAUACUUGAAGACAUGCCCAUCAAGCAAACUGUAGUGCCCGGCGUCCCAGAAGACAUUCAAGUCUUUGAGCUCUUUACCCAAUCCAAUUCCUUGAGCGCAAGGUGCAUCAACUAUGGAGCCAGGUUGACGCAUCUAAUGGUGCCUGACAAGGACGGUAAAUAUCGAGACGUGCUUCUAGGCUUUGAUGAUCCCACAGACUACGUCACAGUUGAUGCAGAAAAGAAAACGUACUUUGGAGCAACGAUAGGCCGCACGUGCAACCGGAUCACUCACGGCCACUUCUUUCUCAACAAUCGCGAUUACAACCUCCCAAUUAAUGACCCACCCAACAACUUGCACGGCGGUGUGCGAGGCUUUGAUAAGCGCUACUGGCGCCCCACAAUCCUCGUUCAAGACCCUCCAACCCUCCGCUUCGAGUACACGUCGGCAGACGGAGAAGAGGGCUAUCCCGGUGAAGUGCAUGUUUCAGUCACUUACACUUUGGCCGAAUACCAUCUCGUCAUCGACCACACGGCAUCUUUGACUGAAGGAAAUCCCGAAAAUCUUCAGACGGUGAUUAAUUUGACCGCACACCCGUAUUUUAAUUUAUCUGGAUGCCAAGAGGAGCCGGAUGUAACGGAACACAUUGUUGAGAUCCCCGACGCGGUGGGUUAUCUAGAGGUAACCGAAAAUAAGGUACCAAGUGGGAGACUAGUACGUUUCGACCAAGGGGAUCCGGCUUUGAAUCUCACGACCCCGAAGCCUCUACGAGAAGGUUUGUCUCAGCUGACACACUUUCGCGGCUACGACCAUUUUUACCUACUUCGCGACAAGCCGGCUGCCGCGUCGCCGAAUCAAAUCUCGAACCCUGCCGCUCGGGUGACGUCUCCUACCACUGGCAUUGUCCUCGAGCUCCGUACUGAUGCUGCUGGAUUCCAGCUCUAUACUGGCAACAAUCUUGAUGGGAGCAUAUCUGGCAAAGCGUCCAGCCAGGGUGACAACGUGAUCUACAAAAGAUAUGCGGGCUUGGCACUGGAACCUUCUGCACCCGUGGAUGCUGUGAAUCAUCCUCCUUGGCGGGAUACAGUCGUCAUUGGAAAGGGACAAGAAUGGAGGCAGAGCUUGAUUUAUGGAUUCAGUACUGUACAGAGAAGACCGUCUAGUGGCAUGUGGGCCGUUUGAGCGAGAGAUUACUUUGCAUAGCAGGAGGACGGUAGGGCGUCGUAAAUAGGUUGCUCCAGCGUAUAUAUAUCUACACAUACACUACACAUAAAUAUGUUUAUCAGCAGUUCGUACCAAUGUCUAGGCCAAGUCUACACAUUUCUGUUUUUACAUUCUCCAUACUAAUGAUGAGAAGCGGGG